AUGCCUUGCCGUUCCCCCGGAAUUGGUGCCGUCACAAUCCCGGACUACAGAAAUCGAAACACGUCACAGGCCGCUCUACCUGGUUCGGGGCUGGGCACUGUGCGGAACCUGGCUGCUUCGUUACGCCAAUUCGAUUCUAUUUUUCUUGUCAAAAAAUUUGCCCAGCCCAUAACCACCGAGGGCAAACUGCCCACUCACGACACUCACGACCAGACUGACCAGACUCGAACGAAGCAGCCUCAGUGCGAAGGCUCUGGGACCUUCUUCACGCCGUCGUGGAGCCUCAAUAUGCGUCUAGCUCUUCAGCAGAAGUCACACGAGAACCGUGACCGCAUGUUGGGUGCCACAUCGUGCAUGGGCGGAAGACGCCGAUGGAUGCAGUGUUACUCGCCAACCUGCCUUUUUCUUCCCUCACUGCUCGUCCAGUUUGGUCGGCUUGACCUGCCUGCAUGA